AUCACUCAUCAAGUCUUUCUUCUCAUACUAUAACAUUAAUACAUAAGUUUCUUAAGAUUAGCAAGACUUGAAACAUCAGAAAAAUAAUGGCUGUACCCAAGAUCAUUUAUCUUGGGUUCUUAGCUUUGUUGUUGGCUGUUGUGGUCGAGUCACAAUCGUCUUCUGGUGCAUCUUCAGCUGCAUCAUCUGCUGCAUCUGCUGCAUCGUCUGCAGCAUCCUCAGCAACAUCAACAGCGUCAUCAUCAUCAUCAUCGUCAGCAUCAUCAGCCGCUGCUGCAGCUGCAGCAGCUGCUGCCGCAGCAGCAGCAGCAUCUGGCUCCUCGGCUGCAGGAGGAGGACAACAAUCAAGCUCCCAUAACUCAUCAUCAACCCCACCAACACCGAUAUAUUACCCAACACCUUCAACACCAACACCUAAACCAUCAACCCCACCAACACCGGCCACACCUAAGCCCUCGACUCCUACCCCAGCAACCCCAACACCAAAACCCUCUACCCCAUCACCAAAACCCUCUACUCCUAAACCUUACACUCCUCCUAAUUCUAAUGCUGGCUCUAGGAAUAGAGCUAGAUGCAGAAACAAGAAUUACGGACAAUGUUACAAUCAAGAGCAUGUUUGUCCCGCUAACUGCCCUACUUCGUGCCAAGUUGAUUGUGUCACUUGCAAGCCUGUCUGCAAUUGUGACUAUCCAGGAGCCGUAUGCCAAGAUCCUCGCUUCAUUGGAGGUGACGGUAUCACCUUCUACUUCCAUGGAAAGAAGGAUAAACAAUUUUGCCUAGUGACCGACCCCAACCUUCACAUCAACGCACACUUCAUAGGAAAAAGAAACGCAAACAUGGGCCGUGACUUUACAUGGGUCGAGUCCAUUGGAAUCCUCUUCGACAACCACCGUCUAUUCUUUGGUGCUAGGAAGACCGGCACAUGGGAUGAUGCCAAAGACCGCCUCUCAUUGGCCUUCGACGGAGAACCCAUAUUCCUUGAAGAGACUCUAGGCUCUCAAUGGUCAUCCACCUCCAUGCCACAAGUCACCGUAACAAGGACUAGUGAAACCAACAACAUUGUUGUUGAAAUUCCAGGAAAGCUUAGGAUCACAGCUAAGGUUGUACCUAUUACUGACGAAGAAUCUAGGGUACACAACUAUGACAUUACUGAUGAGGAUCGGUUUGCUCAUCUUGAUCUCGGGUUUAAAUUUUACUCAUUGACCGGAAAGGUUGAUGGUGUAUUGGGAAAGACAUACAGGAAUGAUUACGUGAGCCGAGUGAAUAUGAGGGUAGCCAUGCCGGUUAUGGGAGGAGAAAGACAGUACGCAACUAGUAGCAUUUUCGCCACCGAUUGUUUGGCUUCAAGGUUUGUUGGUGGACAAGAAGAGACUUCAGUUGAAACCAUGGAACUUGCUAGCAUGAACUGUGCUAGUGGUAUGAGUGGACGUGGUGUUGUUUGCAAGAGAUAACUCAUCAACAUAAUUUUAUGAUCUUUGAAAUUUAUAGAUUUCUAAGAUCAAAUCAUUAAUAAUGUCAAUUUACAAGGCUGAAAGUCUUGAAUUUUAUUUAAGAUUCAUCAAUUUGUAAUAAGGUGACUCUACAUUUACAUUAAUACAAUACAAUACAAUACUAUUCAAUAUUUUGUUUAA